AUGGGCCAAUCGGUGGCCAAGGCGGACAACUUUGCCUGGUCCUACACCGAGGAGCCGCACGCGACCAGACGCAAAGAAAUCCUUGCCAAGUACCCGCAGGUGAAGGAGCUGUUCGGCCAGGACCCCGCCUUCAAGCCGACCGUCGCGUGCAUGGUGUUGGCCCAGAUUUGCUUUGCGUAUCUGUUGAGAGAUUCCCACUGGUUCCUCGUGUUGCUGCAAUGCUACUUCGUGUCCGGCGUCUUCAACCACUCGUUGACGUUGGCGAUCCAUGAAAUUGCGCACAACCAGGCAUUUGGCUACACGAGCCCGCUGGCGAAUCGCCUCUUCGGCUUCUUCGCCAAUCUGCCCCUCGGCUUGCCCAUGUCGGUGUCGUUCAAAAAGUACCACCUCGAGCACCACCGGCAUCAAGGAGAAGAUGUCAUCGACACCGACGUUCCCAGCGAGAUCGAGUGCCACUUCUUCACCACGACGCUCAGAAAAGCGCUUUGGGUAGUACUCCAGCCGGUCUUCUACGGAAUUCGCCCACUGUUGAUCUACCCAAAGGCGGUCACCGACCUCGAGCUGGUCAACAUCGCCAUCCAGCUGUCGUUCAACUACGCCGUCUACCACUACUGGGGCGUCAAGUCGUUGUUGUAUCUGUUUGGCGGGCUUGUCCUUGGGCUUGGCCCCCAUCCUCUAGCCGGUCACUUCAUCGCCGAGCACUACACGUUCCAGCCCGGUCAGGAGACGUACAGCUACUACGGCCUUCUGAACCACGUGACGUUCAACGUCGGCUACCACGUCGAGCACCACGAUUUCCCGUUCGUCCCCGGGUGUAAUUUGCCGAAGGUCCGCCACAUCGCCCCCGAGUUCUACAAGGACAUCAAGUCGCACGACUCCUGGACGGCGGUCAUCUACAACUUUAUCACCGACCCGAAAAUCUCGCUCAGAAAUCGCAUCAAGCGCAAGCUGGCCCCCGAGUCGGAGCAGCACUUUUACGGCGUCGGCACGAACGAGACGAACUACGUGUAUAGGAGUGCCGAGAAACUCAUCAAGCUCGCCUCACUGCCGCACAUGAAAUCUUCU